GACGGUGCACUAGUAGUUAGUGGAUUAGUGUUUCCAAUGCAAUUUGCAUUGUUCACCGUUGUUUUAGAGAGUGUUUUAUCUUUUUUCAGUUCGAUAAUUUUGUCCACCGUUCAUACAAGUUUCUAUCUUACCAAGUUAUCAGUACACAACUCGGUUGAAGUUAUAUGUAUACGAUAACAAAGCGUAUCGGCUCGAAGGCAAAAUCCCGAAUUUCUUUUGGACUUUGAACUGUCUCGUUCAUUGAAGAGUCAUUCCUUUAUCAUUGUGUGGAGCAAGAGGAGGUACAAUCCAAUCAACAUCAUGCUACGUGUUUCGCGCAGUCCGUUGGCUUCGUUCCGACGUUGGAAAUCGACCACCUCCGGAGAUGACUACCAGUAUAUGCAGAAAACUCGUAUUCCCAUGCUACAUUUCCAGGCUUCGCUGCCAAGGCUCCCAAUCCCCGAACUGGAAAAGACGUGCGAACGUUAUCUGGCGGCUCAGAAGCCUCUGCUUAUCGACGAAGCAUUUCGAAAGACCAAAGAUAACGUGGACCGUUUCAAGUCCACCACGGGCCCCAAAUUACAGCAACUUCUUAAGAAGAAAGAUGCCCAAAAUAAACACACCAGCUACAUCUCGGAACCAUGGUUCGAUAUGUACCUUCGGGAUCGCGUUCCACUGCCAAUCAACUACAAUCCCCUGUUGAUGAUGAAUCCCGACGCCCGGCCAGAAUACAACGAUCAACUCAUCCGAACGACCAACCUAGUAAUUAGUUCCCUACGAUUCAUGAAGUCCCUUCGGGCUCACCAGCUUGAACCGGAAGUGUUCCACAUGAAUCCGGCCAAAAGCGAUACGGAUACUUUUAGAAAGGUGACUUCGAUGGCACCAUCUUUCGUUGCCACCUAUGUGGCUUACGCUUUCAAGGCGUUUCCACUGGACAUGAGCCAGUACCAAGGGUUGUUCGGAGCUACGAGGAUUCCAGAGACGGGAAAGGAUAGAAUCUAUAGGAAUGAGAAAUCACGGCACUUGCUGGUUAUCCGGAAUGGGCACAUGUACUCGGUUGAUGUGCUGGAUGAAGCAGGAAACAUCGAACAACCGGAAACGUUGCUGGCACGAUUCAAAUACGUCCUCAGUGACAACCGACCCCCGUCUGACUCGCCACUUGGGCUACUAACCACGGAAAAUCGAGACACGUGGGCCAGAAUUCGCUAUCAUUUGGGCGAAAUAGGAAACGAGAAGGCCCUACGCACGGUUGAUUCCGCACUGUUCUGCCUUUGUCUGGACAAUGGCACCAUCGAUCCGGAACAUCCCAUUCCGAUGAUAAGGGACUUCCUAUUCGGGGACGGUACCAACCGUUGGUUCGACAAAUCCUUUUCGCUAAUUGUGUCUAAGGAUGGCACGGCCGGUAUCAACUUCGAGCACUCCUGGGGAGAUGGAGUCGCCGUGCUACGAUACUUCCAGGAAAUCUAUAAGGAAACUACGAAAAGACCUUUCGUUGAUCCGAGCCUACAACCUAACGACGUGAACCGUGGCGCGGACGUGGUCCGACUGAUCGAGUUUAAACUAGACGACAAGAUCCGGGAUGGCAUCAUAGUGGCGCAGAACCACCACAACGCCGUCAUCGAUGCGCUCGACAUGAACUACAUGAAGUACGAAGGAAUUAACAAAAACAUCUGUAAGAAGCAAAGAAUUAGCCCGGAUUCUGUGAUGCAGCUGGGAUUCCAAUUGGCAUUCUUCAAGCAACACGGCAAAUUCGUAGCCACUUACGAAUCUUGCAGCACUGCCGCAUUCCGUCAUGGCCGCACGGAAACGAUGCGCCCUUGCACGAUGGCCACCAAAGAGUUCUGCGAAGCAAUCGAACGAAAGCAGAGUCCAACCUCGGCCGGUGAACUGAGAGCCGUGAUGGACAAGUGUUCGGCCGUACAUGGUCAGCUGACGAAGGAAGCGGCCAUGGGGCAAGGGUUCGACAGACAUCUGUUCGGAUUGCGUCACACCGCGCAAACGAACGAUAUCCAGCUGCCGUGCAUCUUCGAAGAUCCGGCCUAUGCAGCGAUCAACCAUAACAUCCUUUCCACCAGUACGCUCUCUUCGCCGGCUCUGUUGGCCGGGGGCUUCGGUCCGGUGGUCAGGGAUGGCUACGGCAUCGGAUACAACAUACAAGAUGCAUUCCUCGGAAGUGUGGUAACCAGCUAUAAACCAGACCGGAACGGACGGGAAUAUGUAGACUGUUUGCGAAGUGCCUACGAGGACAUUGCCAAGGUGUUGAACAACUCAAGUCCUCCGUCGAAGUAAACGCGUUUUACGUUGAAAUUAAAGUUUUUGUGUAUUUUCUUUUGUAUUUUAUUUGAUUAUGUUUGAAACAAUCGUAAACCGUUCGGUAUAAAUGUUACUAAAAAGCUAA